ACCACCAGUGGAUUAUCACUGGUUUCUAAUCCACUGGUUCUCCAACAUACACACUACACAAAAGGAAAAAAGGGUUCCUCAUUUCCUUCAAAUUUUGAUUACCAAAUUCAAUCUCUUUCUAGUGUCUAACAUCUGAAUCCUUGCACUCCUUGUUUCUUCCUUUCAGAAUGGCAACAGCCUCAGCAACACUCUCCCCAGCCAUGUUCACCACCACUGCUACUGUUGCCAAAUCUGUGAAGAAAUCAGCAAACAGAGUCCACUACAUUUCAGGGCUCAACUCCUUUUCUGGACUCAAAGCUCACAACACUGUUGCAUCUCUUGGCCUUCCUCAGUGCACUGACCAGUCAUUUGCCAACAUUGUGAGCUCCUUGAGAGCUCCUUCACAGAACCAAGGCAGAGGUGGAGGUGCACUCUCAUCAACCUGCAAUGCAAUUGGUGAGAUUUUCAAGAUUGCAGCAAUCAUGAAUGGACUCACUCUUGUUGGAGUUGCAGUGGGAUUCGUACUUCUUCGAAUAGAAGCCUUCGUGGAGGAGUCAGAAGAGUGAGAAUUCUCAGAUACCCUUUAGUUGGUCUUGAUAUGUUGGUUAUCAAGAUUGUAUCUGUGUAUUAUUUCAUUGUCAUGUGAUGUAACAAUGGCUUUGUAUUUGCUUCUUCUGGUAAACUGAGUUGGAUAUCACUGACAAACUAGCAAUAGGUACCCAAUCUAAAAUGUAAUAAGCACAAGAGGUCACAUAAAUAGCACUUAUUAGUUGGUGUCCAAAGUAUAGUCAGCAAUUCCAUUCGUUAAACAAACCAGUUCACAUAAUAAGAAGUUUUUCUGUCAUUCUUUU